AUUAUAGUAGUGUAAUCUACUAUCUUAGCACCAGCCUUAGCACCAUCUUCAUUGCGCAUGCGCCAAAUUCUGUUUACUUUCCGCUUUCAUUUUACGUUAACCUUACUAGACAUCCUGUGUAUUAAUGCCAUAAAUUCACCGCUGAUAUAUAUACUUAUAAUUAAGCGUAUAUUUUUUUUUUAUUGAAAAGGAAGGUAUUGGUGUAUCUGUGUAUCUCAGUUUGACAUGUCGGUUUCACCUGGAAAUGUUGCAAGCAGAACAAAAAUGAUUUGUAACUAAGAAGAAUUUGCAGACUUGUCAAGUCUUCAAUCCCGUAUGUAGAAUCUCCAAAAUCUAAAAUGGAUCCUAAAGAUGUUAAAAAAAAGAGGGUUCAACCUACAGUGGAAAACUGGAGGAAAAGAUUCAUUGUACAGGGAGAAUGUGGAUUGGACUUUUCCAAACUUCCAACCAAGAGACGUCCCUGGAAACCCUCAAGUGCCUCAACCAAAAUUAAAUCAAGAAAAGCUGAAACUGCGUCUUCUACUGACAGGCCGCCAUCAAGUUAUCACCGAAGUGAAAAUUCUACUGCAAGUUCUGAAAUUCAUCAAAAUAUCCAGCCUCUGAGUGGUGAUGUCUUUUUGGAAAUCGGUGGGGAAAGCUCAGAGGACUGCAGAUUAUAUUUAUUUUCUAUAUUUCAAGGCAGGGGAUGUGUUUUUUUGGAUAAAAAUAUUGAAGUGUGUGCCUUAAUGGAUUGGAAUUCAACUGACAAAACACUCAGUAACGUCAAACCUAUAAUUGUGCAAAAAAUGCCACAGUUGGGAUACGCCUGCUCUUGUGACUCAGAUCGGCAUUAUUUCAUGAACAAAGUUCGAUCUUGCACCUCUGAAGAUGUAGAGGAAUUGUAUGCAGGAUGUAUACAUGUUGAAGCUGCUAAAGAGCUUUGUAGAAAAUUUAAGAAUCUUUACAGUGUUGAAGAGAAUUCUGAGGAGAUUACUGUUUCAGAGGAUCAUCGUUACAGUGAAGAAAAUUCCUGUACACAAGAAAAGACACUUUGUCAGAAGUUGAACUGGGGGAUGGAGAACACCUAUGCCAUCAGGACUGACAAUCAUUGCCAUCCAUUUGCCAUCAUCGGGUUCUCCUAUGGAAAACUUAAAUGCCUUUCUUGUCAGAGAAGAUGCGAACACCUGCAGGAUUUAGAAAAAUUAUUAGAAAAUCCAGACUUCUAUGACAACUCUGAUUUGUUUGAACUGUUUACAGCAAUGGCAAAAACACCAGAGGCAUCUAAUAUCUAUUCCCUAAAAACCCUGUCAACAGCUGCAAUUCCUUUUAAUCUAACAGCAAUACAAAAGGAAAAUCUUUGUAAAAACAUCACAGAUGUUUUAAUUGAAGAAGAUGGAAUACUUAAAAUUAUUCCAACAGAUAACUCUUCUUGUCAAAACUGUGGUGUUUCAUCUAAUGAAGAAAACUUAGUUGCCCUUAAAGAGAUGUCAUGGAUUGUCACCAGAUAUGGAUUCAGGGAAGCUCAAUGCUAUCAUAAAUGUUGUUCUCUUUGUGGAAAUCUUUUGCCUUAUGAUGGACUUGAUGAUUGCUUACUGAACAUGGGAAGAUUUCUUGUCCAUUAUGAAGUACUUAGAGACUACAUGUUCCAGUUCUUUCAUUCAGGGUCUACUCUCUCAGCAUUUUAUAAAACAAUGUCUUGUCAUCACGAAGAUGCUGGAAAUCAGAAUUUUACCACUUCAUUUAUGUACUCCCAUUUUCGAUGGAGUUGGUAUUGCUUCAUGAGAUUACUUGACAUUGAUUAUAGUGGAGCAUUUGUGUGCAAGGCUCCAUCUUGUGGGAAGCAGCCAAAGAUAUUGCUCUUCGAUGGAACAUCUUUGGCCUUUCAAAGAGCGUCUUUGCCUGUUGUUUUUGGAUCUGAUGUGGACAAUGAUGAGCCAGUUUUCAAAAUAAAAAGUAGAUACAAUGACCGGAUGCUUAUCCCAGACAAGACAACAAGGUCUUACCUCAGAUCCUUUGCCAAAAGUGAAUAUGGCAUAUCAAGAGAAGAACUGGUAGUUCUGAGGCAAAAGGUUAUUGAUGUGUCACCUUGUCUCCUUCCUCUUCUUCCUGAUGCAGAAAUACAUGAAAUGGAAGAUGAAAGAUUCACCUGCAACCCAGAGUUUAAAGAAUUUCUCAUCCUACUGUCCUGUGACUCACCAUUGUGUGCCACAUUCCAUUUUUCCAAUCUUCAUUUAAUUGCUGAAAUUCUAAAACUUAGUCCAGAUUCUGAAUUACCAUCAUCUUUAUUGAAUCAGCUACAGCAAAACAUUCCUAUCUUUUUUGAGAUUUUCACCAAAAUUGGAUACAUCCCAAAGUCAUUCUUUCCUAUUUUGGAUAUUAUUCAAAAGUGUGUUGAGGCUACAUUUACUGGAGAUGUGCAGUCAUCACAAGUUUCAGAUCAAGAGUCUUUGCCUUUGGCUUGUUACCCUUCUAUGCCUGCUGUCUGCAAGAGGGGUAGAUAUGAAGCUGAUUGCAGAAAACCAGUUGGAUCAUGUAAAAAAACUGGGGCACGACAUCCCUCAUUGUUGCCAGGGAUUUUUACAGUAUUUUGUCCUCAUGGGGUAUGCUAUGGUUUUGAAGUAAUGGUGACAGCUGAGUCUCCGAACGUCCCGUUUACCUUCUUGAAGACAAGAUUUGAACAACCUCCUGAAAUUGUCAUUUAUGACAAUGCAUGCAACCUUUUUCAAUAUGCCUUGAAUCGGGAUCCUGCAUAUUUCAAGGAAACACGAUUCCUCAUUGACAGUCUGCAUUGGCCAAAUCACAAAAAAUGUGCAGCAGGCUAUGAGGCUCGCAGCUACUCAAAAUUGAGGGGUAUAAAUACUCAAAUUGUUGAGCAAAGCAAUGCAAAAAUCAGAAAAUUAAAGAGCUCUCUCUCAUACAUGAAACCUGAAAAUUUUAUUGAUACAUUAAAAUUAUUCCUGUGGUACAGCAAUGAACAAAUGAACAAGAAAUUUGACUAAGGUGGCCAACUUAAAUUGGUGUUCAUCAUACAUGUUUUUGAGCAAUCUUGUAAAAUACAGUGUAUUUAAUUUUGCCAUCUUAGGAUCUUUUUUUUUUUUCGAAAGAAUGCACAAUACACAAAUUUAUACAAAAAAGUUUUUAAAGAUAUUUUAAGGAAUUUCUUUACCCAGUUUUCCAUCAUUAUGUAGGUGCCUUUGUGCUUUUAUGAUAUUAUGAAAUUAUGAAGCUUAAGGAGUGCGUCUUUAGAAAUAAGAUAAAAGUGUAUAAAUGUUUGGAAAUUGAACACACAGAAUUGCUAUAUUACAAUUUGAGGGAAAAUCGCUAUGAUCGUUGCAUCCUAUGUAUUUAUAAUGAUACAAAUUUUUUAUAUUAUAUAUAUACUCAUAUUUAUGUAGAUAUUUUAUGCAGAGAAAACAGAAACAGAGACUAUGAAAAAGUGUGUAAACAUAUGUCUUGCUAAAAAUGUGGCAUGCUGUAGCCAUUAUGUUAUUCAUUCAAUCAUUUACAUGUAUUAUUAUUAUUAUUAUUAUUGUUAUUUCUUUGAAAUAUUGUCUGCCACUUUACUUGCCAUCUUGACUGAAUGCCAACUAGUGGUAUCAAUAAGUUUAAUUACUUUUAAGUAGUUUGAAAAGAUGACAUUAUACGUGUACGUACGUUUGUUUUACUGAAUGAAAGACUGUAGAAAGACUUAUAUAAUACUUAUAAUACUCAAUAAAUGCAAUCCUGAUUUCCACAA